AUGAGAGAGAUCUGGGAAGCAGAUCUGGGAGCGGGAGGAGUCAUAGGGACAUGGGAAAGUGAAUACAGCCCAGCUCGCUUUAACAAUGCUCUCUGGUUGCUAGGGGUGCAGAACCUAACUACCAGGCAGAACCAUGGCCUGGCCCACACAGCACAGCAAGGCACUGGGCUCAUUAUCAGCCGCACCGCCCCUGGGCCCGACUGUGCCGGACGAAGUUCAGCUGCAAGCGCUCAGCGACUGCAACCAGAGAGCUGGAAAGUCCUACAGAGGCGACAGGGGAACAAGUGUGUAACUCACACACAGGAAGCGCACUCUGUACUACACAUGCCUGGCACAAGCGUGAUACACUUACACACACACACACCCCUAUACACACUCACUUAUACACACACACACUUACACACACUCCUAUACACACACCCCUAUACACACACACUCACCUAUACACACACUCCUAUACACACAGCAGGGAAGGCGCCCAGACGUGCCUGGGAGAGGGGAGAGUCACACGGAGCUGCACAGGUUACAGCACAGCGGACUGUGAUCUUAAAUCAGACAAUGAUAAGAAGCAACGACGAGUCGCAGAAUUCAACGUGUACCCCAAAUGCAUCGAACCUGGAAAACUGUUAUAACCACUCCUCUCCAUCAUCGCUAACACUGCUCCUGGUGGGGUACAGCCUACUGAUGCCAGUUGGGGUCCUACUGAAUGGGGUCUCUCUGUAUGUAUUUAUUCGGUUUAUGCGACCACUGAGUGUGGUGGGCAUCUUUCUGUGCAACCUGGCGCUCAGUGAUUUGCUCUUCUCACUUUCCCUGCCCCUGCGGAUUUACUACUAUGCCAAUCACUACUGGCCAUUUGGAACUUUUCUCUGUAGUUUCAACGGCUCUAUUUUCCACAUCAACAUGUACGGCAGCUGCCUGUUCCUGCUCUGCAUUAACGUGGACCGUUACUUGGCCAUUGUGCAUCCCCUGCGAUUUCGCCAUCUCCGCCGGCGCAAGGUGGCACGAUUGGCUUGUGUGGCCGUCUGGGUGUUGAUAGUAGGAGGGUCGGUCCCUGCUGCCAUUGUGCACAGCUCUUCUGAUUGCUUGCUGCAUGGCGAAAAGGUCUCCCGUUGUUUUGAAGCUUUUAGCACGUGGGACAAAGGGGUUUUGCCUCUACUGGUGGUGGCCGAGGUGCUUGGAUUUUUGUUGCCACUAGCAGCCGUGCUGUACGGUUCCUGCCACAUAUUCGUGGAGUUGUAUCGAGCCCAGGAGAUAGGCCAGGGGAGACAUGGCAAAACCAUUAAACUUCUGUGCCUCAACCUUGUCAUCUUCCUCUUCUGCUUCGUCCCCUAUAACACAACCCUGGUUGGAUACGGACUUCUGAGGGCCAACCUUGUGGAAGAUACGUGGAAUAUAAAACCAACCUUAAAGAAAAUCAUUUCAGUGACUGUGCUUUUUGCCAGCACUAACUGCGCCCUGGACCCCUUGAUUUAUUACUUCAGCACGGAGGGCUUCCGGAGGACUCUGAGCAGGAUGAGUGGUCAUAAGACCCAGAAGUUCAUCAGCAAUCAAGAAACUAAAAGUACUUCUGCCACUGACUCUUCUAUGAAGCCAAGUUCCAGAACUAUCUCAAGGGCCACAGAAGCCCCUAAGCUAAAAACAAACGAGACCAAUGGCAAAGAGGGAAAAAACCUUAUAGAGGAAUCGGAGAUCUGAGAACGUUGACGUUGGAAGCAGAUCCUCCAAGGAAGGUUCUUGGGUGCUCAACACUUUACAUUGGUUCUAGCCUGGCGGAACUUUAUAUUUUAGAAUAAGGCCACAGGCCAAGCAAGGGGGGGGUCUACUGCUGUGACCCAAAUCGUUUUCAGGCCAGUUUGAAAAGGUUUAUUUGUUCUUGUGACUGCAAUGGAUGGUGAGCUGGAGUUGGCCUACAGCUCCUCUGAUUCCAUAGUAAAAGUGCAUUUCAGUAACAAUGUUAUGGUACUAGGUACCUAGCAAACUGCCAGAGAAAGGCGGCUGUUAGAGUCCCAAUUCAAGUCUAUACGUGUUCAGUUGAUUUAGUUCAGCAUCUCACUUGUUGUUGUUGUUGUUAUGGUUGCAAUGUCACUGUUCUUACAAGAUAAACCACUUGCUCUUAAAUAAGCCCCCUGGCAUGCUUCAUAGGAACUGAAUCCAAUCCACCCCGGGUACCCGGUUACAGGGCUCUGGUUCUAUGUACAUAGGACUCCUGGGCUGCUCUCUUUCCUAUGGUCAGACAGGGCUUUGGAACUUGAUCCCAAACAUUAUAUUGCUUUACACUGCUUCCCCCAUAAAGCCCAAUGAUACCUUUCAGAUCUGUCCAAGGCUGCCUGAUUUCGGGGUGGGGGGGGAAGCCACCCAGAACCUUUUAUUAUGUUAUACAUAGGCCAAUUUCAAUUAUUCUUCAUCAUUAAUUUUUUUUAUAGCUUUUUUUAAUAAUUUGCUUUCCUCCUUGCAGCUUUCAAACAGGGGUCACAGACCCCAGCAGUGAAAAAACCAUUGCUAUGUGAGGCUAUAGUUCAAUUGUUAUUUUUACUUUA